AUUUCUAGAAUUGCUGGUUUUGUGCCAGAUCGAGUAGGGCAUGUAGCAGUUAUAAUUGAAGACCAAAUUUAUUUUAUGGGAGGUUCUCGUAUUAUUCCACCCACAAAUCCAAUUAAGAGUUCAACAAGAAUAUAUAACUUAUCAGAAGAGAUUUUUUCUAUAAAUCUUUCAUCUCAAUUCUCCACUAGUAGCCCUCCAUAUAUAGACCUUACUGAUCCAUUUGCACGAAUGAAAUUCGGAAAUGAAAAAGAGAUAGGAAUUAGAUUACAGGAAAAUCUCACAUGGCUUAAUGAGAUUGACAAUAAUAUAACUAUAACUUCAAAUCAAACAUUAAUGAUAGAAGUAAUAAACGAAACAUAUAAUAUGACAGAUCAAUAUUAUGGAAAGUCUUGGUCAUACCCUUUAAAUCAAAAAGGACUGCCACCAGCUAGUCGUAUAGAGCAGUGUGGAGUAGUUUUAUAUUCGGGGGGAAAGAAAGAUAUGAAUAAGUAUAUUUUAUUUGGAGGGAGAAAAGAAGUAGACUCAUGGUCAAAAAUACCUACUGCCUUUAGUUUUUCGUGGAAUCCUCCACCUCAUGACGGUUCAGUAUUGUACAUUGGUGGCUUCUCUCAAAUUGAGUCUGGAGUGUAUUUUGAUAUGAAUGAGUAUCCACAUCAAUCAAUCCUUAUUCAACCUCGAUUAGCGCAUACAGCUACCUUAACACCAGACAAUAAUGAAAUAUUUUUAAAUGUUCACUUUAAUGAUUUAUAUAUACUUGAAACGAUAUUGUUAUCGCGAAAUAAGAUUAAUGCUCCUUCACCUCGAAGUCAUGCUGUUCCAGUAUUGCUUCCGAGUAGCAAAAUUUUAUACAUUGGUGGCGUCUCUCAAAUUGGGUCUGGAGUAGAUGAAGACUUAAUAGAUAUGAAUGAGAUUCUAGUAUUCGAUACAAUUUCUUUGACCUGGUCAUAUAAACAUGCAAAUCAAUCAACAUUUAUUCAAACUCGAUUGGCGCAUACGGCAACAUUAACACCAGACAAUAAUGAAAUUAUUAUAAUAGGCGGAACUUCAACAGCUCAUACUGCUAAUUUAUAUCAGAAUUUUCUUAUCAUUGCUUUUGGCAAUAUUACUAAUAAUUCAGCACAACCAGUUGAAAUAAACUCCCGUAUUUAUUUGCUAGAUGUUCUAUGCAAAAAAUGGUUAACUUCUUUUACACCUGGUAUUUUGUAUAAAAAAGGAAUUGUUGCUUGUUGUCAUAAUAUUUAUACUUUAAAAACAUGGAUGCACCAACUGGAAGAAGGGAUUGGCAUAAGUUUAUUAAAUCUAGGGCUUUCGAAAUUGUCUUCAAUUGUUAAAAGGUUAAGUUAA